AUGUCCAGAACCCCCCGCAUCAAUCCAAACGUGAAGCGCGCAAAGACCGAAGAAUGGUUUCCCAAAUCCCCUGAUGGCGCAUACACCGGCGAGAAAGUGCCUUUCCAUCCUCGGCGUCGGAGUUCCCUGUCACCACCCGUCCUCGUCCUGUUAGUGUUGCUGGUGCUUGCGGUCGGAGCCUUGGUUUGGAAGCAUGAGCAGGCAGUGUCUAUCGCGGCAGAGAACUACCAGAAAUAUACGGGUCAAGAUCUGAAAGAUACAGACUUUUACAAGGUCAUAGAGAAGGCGCAGAAAAUGAAGUGGAAAAGAUCGGAGCUGUGA